AUGCACGUAGAAAAUUAUGUCGAGACGAAAUGUUUUUUUACUGGAAGUUGGGAUGAUGAUGAAAAUUCAAUAAAAGUGUGGAUUUUGGAAAGUUUAAAUGAAGAUGAGGAUGUUGAAUAUCCUAAACAAAUUUCUGAAUAUAAAGUUGAUGGUGAUGUCACAGAAAUCAAGUUUACAAAUAAAACUUCAAUAGCAGUUUCUACGUCUGACGGAAACGUUCGACUGCUUGAAAUAAGCGCAUAUAAUAGGCAGACCCCACUUAGGGAAAUAUUUUCGUGGGAAAAAUUACACAGUUUCGGAGAGGAACUGUGCUCAUGUACCACAUUAGACACUUUGGAAGGUGACAUAGCUACAGUUGGAGAAGACGGAAAUAUAAACAUUCUGAGCAGUAGAAGAGGGGAGGUCACUAGGUCUAUUAAAGGAGCAGACAGCUGUUCCUUACAUUCCAUUUGCUUCUUAAAGCACAAUGAAGUUAUUACUGGUAACUUACGAGGACAUAUGAAGAUAUGGGAUCUGCGUUCAUCAGAUAACAAACCAGCUGCGUCGUUUUUACUAGCAGGUGACGAAUUAGCUGCCACAUGUAUUAUCAAUCAUCCCACACAGCCACAUUUCAUCCUGGCUGGCAGUGAGUCUGGUUCUCUAGCCGUCUGGGAUAUACGCAUGAACUCUUUCCCCUCCUCUCUACUGAAAGCGCAUGCAGCAGGAGUUACAGAAAUGCAAUUCCAUCCAGAAAACCCGAACAAACUACUAACAAGCUCAUUAUCUGGAGAACUUUGGGACUGGAAUAUGGAAGCAAUGACAAAAUGCAGCAAAACAUCUGAAAAUUGGAUGCCUCUCGAAGACAAAAAUGCCAUGUCUGUCAAUGCGCUCAUGCCACCAUUGCAUAAAGCAAUAAAUACAAUUCAUUGUGACAAAGGGAGGAUUCUUUGUGGUGCAGACAAUGAAGCUUUAUAUUUAAUUAAGAAUUUUAAAUAU